UGGGAGCAGAGUUCAUAUGGUUGAUGGCUGAUAGGUAAGGCGUGUUUUAAUACUUAAGCCGGUUUUCCUAAAAUCCAAGACAAGACGGAGUCGUUGUCGGGAAUAAGCUCCCCGUCACCACCAACAGAAAUGUCGUUUUGCAGGCAGGAGGGUAAAGACAAAAUCAUCUUCGUGACCAAGGAGGACCAUGACGCUCCCAGCAAUGCGGAGUUAGUAGCAGAUGACCCCAAUGACCCUUACGAAGAUCAUGGCUUGAUACUACCAAAUGGUGAUAUCAACUGGAACUGCCCCUGCCUAGGCGGCAUGGCCAGUGGACCGUGUGGCACGCAGUUCAAAGAAGCCUUCUCGUGUUUCCACUACAGCAAAGAGGAUGUGAAGGGCUCAGAGUGUGUGGACAACUUCCGCAACAUGCAAGACUGCAUGCAGAAGUACCCAGAGCUUUACCCUCAAGAUGAUGACAAUGAACCUCCCAAAGAUACAGCAGCGACAGAUGAAGCUGCCUCAAAUGACCCCACUACUGAUAAAGACUCUGCCUCUGAUGCCCCAGCUGAAUCUACACCAACCUCGGAGGAAACGACACCCACAGCAAGCCUGCCCACAAGCUAAUGCGAUACGCUCUAAAACUGUGCUGAGCCUGUCCAGUGCGAAUCAGUGUGUAUAAGACAAAGACUGUGCUGGGGGAGAAAUCACAACAGAGCACUUGUUGGGGACAAUCCAGACAGGAGCGCUGGAACUUGGUGGUCGUCGUGCUGGACACAAAAAGACUCUUAGCUGUGGGUUGAAAUUUCUGUUUUCCCUCCCUUGAGAUAAUCAUUUGGGGUCCAGAAAUGAAAUGCAUGUCAGAAAUAAACAAGGUUGAUGUGCACUUAAGGCUUCUAGAAAUACUGUAAACCACAUAAACAUGUUGUGGGUAAUAUUGGGGGGUAGUUUAUCCCAUGAGUAAAUGAUUCUUAUGCAAAAGGAUGCCAGUGCUCUUGUUAGUGCUAUUACAGAUUGACUGGUGCUCAGUAGUUACACAGGUGACUGUGUAUCCAGCUUUUACUGUUACUCUUGAUUGUGCAAGUCAUCAUGUAUGUGUCAGUGUUGUGAAGAUUUUUUUUAUUCUGUUGUGAGGGGCAACCAAUACCAGGUUAACCAAUAUUGAGAUCUCUCAUACACUACACAAAUGUCCAUGCUAACAAGAUAUAUCGAGUAGUUGUUCACUUUCCCUCCAUCAGAAAAUUACGUACAUACUGAGCAUGUGGAUCCUGUAAGCCCAACACCUUGAAGAUUUCCCGAUUCUCCAGCCAGGAACAUCAGAGGUCAUGUCAAACCAGCUCAUGAACAGAAUCAUCAUGAGUGGUGCGGCGAUGAAGAACCGACAGGGACUUUACCACAAUUUUGUUACAGUGCUCAAGAUUCUUGCUUCACUGCUUUCAUGCAAAGCCUUAAUGAAGUGUCCUCCCCCCUUUAAGUCAUUUGAAAUUAAACAAUCAAAGACUA